GCGGUUAAUAUGUAAAACAAUUUAUUAUUUUGGUCACUCACACGAGUUACGACAAAAUACAGGCAAAAUUUUGUAAGUGUAAAACUUAAGUAUAAAAUAGACACAUUAUCAGAAUCUUGAUUUAAUAAUUCAGGCCUAGUUUCAUAUGAAUAAACAAAAGAAAAGAACCUGAUCCGGAGAAGUAAGCAUGGUAAUCAUAACCACAAAUGAUUUCAGCAAGCGCGUCAGAUUUGACAUCAUACCAUGAAGAGAAAACAUGGUUCUGAGGAGGCCCAGCAAGGCCACUCAACUGAAACAUGCAACAAUGGCCCAGAGACAGGUCCAUCUGGGUCCCAGACCCGAUCCAUAUUUGACCCUGAGCCGGUCGCGAAGCAGCCUGCUCCGGCUCCAGCAGCAGAAUCGUCGCCACUGAGCCGCGCCCAGAAAGCGCAGAUCGAGCGCAACCGCCAGCGCGCCCUGAUGCUGCGCCAGGCGCGGCUACGCGAGCACCCGUCGCAGGCGGCGCUCGACGGCGGCUGCGACGGACGGGUGCUGCGCGUGCAGGGCACGCGGCUCGUCGACUCUGGCGGCGGCUUCUUCAUCGACGAAUCGGAGUCGGAGGCGCCGGCCGGGCCGCCGCCGCUGCGCGAAAAGCCGGCCCCGCUGCACAUCACCGAUCGGCCCGACUGCGACGAGUGCGGCGCGCCGGUAGCCUCCUCGUUCCUGGUGGACAGCUUUGACUGGCCCGUGUGCGACCCAUGCCAGAAGGAGAACAGCGACAAGUAUGCCCUCAUCACGCGCACAGAGGCCAAACAGGAGUACAUCCUCAAAGACGAGGACUUUGACAAGCGCGAGCCAGAGCUGCGCUUCAUCACCCGUCGCAACCCGCACAACCCGCGCUGGGGCCAGAUGAAGCUCUACCUACGACUGCAGAUCGAGGAGCGGGCGCUCCAGGUCUGGGGAUCGGAGGAGGAGCUCGAGCGACAGCACGAGCUUCGCGACAAGAAAAAGGAAAAGAUCAAGGUAAACAAGUUCAACAAACGUGUGAAGGAGCUUCGUAUGGCGGUGCGUAGCAGUGUGUACAAGCGGGACCUGACGGGACACGAACACACCUACGGUGAGGAGGUGCACAAUGAUGCAGACGAUACCUACACACGGACUUGUACGGAGUGCGAUCACUCACAAACAUACGAGAAAAUGUGAGCCAGACUGGUGCGGGACUGUUCUGAUGAACGCAGCAAGACGAACAAAAGUGAAGCAAUAUGAUGAAUGGUGAAAAUAAUGUUGUACUUGUUAAUUGAUCUUUUUGGAUGAAUUACUGCGCGUUCUGUGGAGUAAUUUUUUAGUGGAUCGGAACUUAGCCACGAUAAUUUGAUAGGUAAUGUUGAGGAACACUACAAAACGCUACGUGCUCGUUUUAAGAGUGCGCUAAUAUUUAGGAGUGUAGUGGGUAGGUCGAAUCUUUGACGGAUGUUGCUGGCAUCAUUUUUUCGUCUUUAUGCAUUACGCUUCAUUAUGCCCCGUGCUGCUCUUAGCUUCUUUGUAAUCAGUAUUCGCACAUUUUUUUAUUGGUGUUUCCGUCGCCGAUGUUCCAAACAGGGUGCAUGUUCGCAAGCCGUAACGCGAUAUGUUGAAUAAUAUAGCUGUUUUAUAACACAAAUAA